GGUGAUUAUCUAUCCCUUCCGUUUCACCUAUAUCAUUUUUAAUUCACCCAUCACCGCUUCUUUCCCUUCCCACCAAGUUGGUCCUCCUUCCUUGACCUCUCCUUUGGUUCAGUCUCAUAUAUUUCCAUUGCCAUAAAUCCUUCUCAAUUGCCCUACAAUUUAUAAAUUUCUAGGUGUCUUCAAACAGUAAACCUAAACUUGAAACUUCUCCCAAUGGACUUUACCAUCUGCCCUUCUUCUUCCUUUAUCAUGCCAUGCUUUCUGGCUCAAGAGGCCAGGAAAUUUUGCUGCUCAGCAGCUUCGGCAGUUAUUACUGAACUGUUUUUUGCAAUCUUCAUCUUCAUAUUUGCAGUGGUUGGAGCAACUUUAGGAGGCCUGACCGGAGCUUUUGUUGGGGCAAAAACAAAGAUGGGUCUUAUGUAUGGAGUCGCAGUUGGAGUGAUGGAAGGCAGUUUUUUGUCCAUCAAGUUGUUCCAGAUUUCACUCCUAAUUUGCAGUUCUAAUGAUUCGGCAUUGGCAACGAGGUAUCUCCUUCAACCGAUAAACGUAUUUGAAUCUACUACUCCAUUCAUCCAAGUCCCCUGGAAUAAGGAAGGGUUGUCAGAGGAUUCGAUGGACAAAAUUCCAAAGAUGAGAAUCACAGAAGAAAAUGUACUCAGCAACACAAACCCUUGUUCCAUUUGCCUUGAGGACCUUUUACCGUGGGAAACAGUUCAUAGGUUGCCACAAUGUCACCAUACGUUCCAUAUAUCGUGUGUUCAAAAGUGGUUAAUGGGGCAUAAAUCUUGCCCAUUAUGCAGGAGAAAAUUUUGACUAUUUUCCAUUCAGAUUCUUUGUACGUACGGUGGAGCUCCCAAUUUAUUUCUUUUUACAUUUAAACCAUUCCCCAUGUAAUUUGUGGUAAAUUCCUUUGUUUUCUACAUUUUCAUAUUGUUGACGUAACAUAAGGCAAACUAGGCUUGGGUUUC